GUCAACUGUCAAAAGAACUAAAAAUGAUAAAUAUACUACAAUUUGCGCACAUUAAUUCGUCGAGUUAACCAAAAAAAAAGCCAUGCAGUUUACAAACAAAACGAAACCAUGACGACCAGAAACCCGACCACUUUGAUGUCGAUUCCCAACGAAGAAUCCUUCGAUUUUCUCUUCAAAAUCGUCCUAGUAGGCGAAUGCGGCACCGGCAAAACCUGCGUAGUGCAAAGAUUCAAAAACGGCCUGUUCAUCGAACGACACGGCAACACCAUCGGCGUGGAUUUCUCCAUGAAAACCCUACUGGUAGACGGCAAGAAAGUAAAGCUACAAAUUUGGGACACGGCCGGCCAGGAGCGUUUCCGCACCAUCACGCAGAGCUACUAUCGAUCGGCCAACGGCGUCCUGAUCGUCUACGACAUAACGAAACGUUCGAGUUUCCUAUCGGUGGGCAAAUGGGUGGAGGAGGUGAAGCGGUAUUCGGACAAUUCGGUCGCGUUGGCCGUGGUCGGCAACAAGGCCGAUCUGGAGGCCCUCAGAGAGGUGGAGUUCGACGAAGCCGAGGCCUUGUGCCAGUACAUGCCCGACGUGCUGUUUGUGCUCGAAGCCAGCGCCAAAUCGAAUGCCAAUAUCGAUGAGGCUUUCGUCUAUUUGGCGACUGAAUUAAAGAGAAGACACGACAACGGCACGUUAAUCGAAGAUGAAGGCGAGGAAACGAUAAGAUUGGGAGAAAGCAAAACAAUGUCGAAAUGUAGCGCUUGUAUGAAGAAUUCGUUUUGAAUUUAUUUAUAUUAUUUAACGUUAAUUUGGAAAGAAGCUGACGUGGCAAUGUUCCGUGUGAUUUUGGAUUGUAAAACGAAGCUCUCUACUUUAAAAUAAUU